UCCAUCCGCCGCCCGUCCAGUUCGUCGCCCACUGGCAACCCCGCAUCGUGCCAAGCCAGCCGCUGUAGCCCUCCCGGUGCGAGCACCAGCCACAGCCGGCAAAUUACCCAGAAAUUGGACCUCAGGCGCGCAACCAUGACCUCACAGCAACCCCCACGGUCCGACGUCGCCGUGCACAAUCGACAGGGCGACUGGACAAGCACCCCUCAACCAGCCUGAGCCAGCUCGGUCGCUCAUUGGAGCUCGGCGUGUCGCAAGCCUGGAGCGUCAUGCCGAAGCGCAGUGGUCAUGUCCUCCGUCAAUAGCGACAACUUUCUCGCUGUCGCGCUCGUCAUCAACCGCUCGCGCGACGGGCCGGCCUUUGUCUUCCACUACCCGGCGCAGGUUCAGCACAAUGCUACCGACACGGGCGCCGGAGCCGAUCUCGAGGACAUACUGCUCGAGCGGUUGGUGCAACCGGCAAACCACAAUCCUUCGGUCGCGAACGAGCAGCUGCCCCGGCAGUGGGACCGUGAUGAGCACAUUGUGACAGACUCGGGCUCGCAGAUCGUGCCCUGGGAGCACGUAGCUGGCUUUCCGGCACGGGACUUGGCUGGCAUGCUGACGCCUGCGAGGCCUUACCACAAGACCCUGUUCCAGCUGUCUCUGGACCCCCUCUACUGUGUCUCCUAUCCGAUCCACGUACCUGAGAAUGGCAAGUGGAAGAAGCAGAAGAAGUCCGGCAAGGGCAAUGACGGGGACAAGGCGUCCACUGUCAUGGACGAUCAUGGCGUCUCUAACGAAGCCGACCUGUCGUCUGGCAAGCUGUCCGACAACUCGAAAGAUAAGGACUCGAAGAAGGACGGCGACGAAGACGAAAAGCGAAGCUCCAUGACCAUGUUCAACCUGGUCUUCAUCCUGAGACCAAAGACACACGAGGUGAAGGAGCUGGUGGACUCGCUCUACGUCAACGUGGUAAAGAAGGCCAACAAGGCGUACAAGUACAGCCAGCAGCAGAGCGACUUUAUCUGGAAGGAGUCGAAGCGAAUCCUGGCGGCAAAGGACAAGGCGCGUGAAGAACAAAGGAAGAUGAGCAGCCUCUGGAAGGAGAUCCUGCAAAUCUCGUCGCUCGCAGCCUCCAUGCAAGAAAUCUACACGGCCGUCUCCCAGAACAAAAUUGCGGCUCUCCACCUCGACACGCCCCUCGGCAUUCUGACCCCAUCUUUCCAGAUCCCCGUGCCCUUCUACGUGGCCGACAUUCCUGAAGACUCGGGUCGUGACCAGAGCGGCCUCUGGCUCACGACCGCCAACGCUUUCCUGAGCCAAGACACACUCGAGGAGCCCGGCUUCCUAGACCGCAACUUUGCUCUCCUCCUGAUGGACGAUGAGAAGAAGAUCAUCGCGGAGCUCCAAUCGGACGCUGAUCCGUCCACCGCCUCCAUGGUCGAAUUCGUGCGGCUGUCCAAGCCGACAAUGUCCUUUCACCAGGUCGCCCAGAGCAACAUCCUCACCCUCAGCCAAGUCCGCCGGUUCGCCCAGCACUUUAUCUACUGGCGUCGCGCUAUUGCCAUCCCACCCCUGCACGCUAGAGACGUGUAUAUUGUGUCCCCCAACUGCGACCCGCGACGUCUCCCGCAGGACAGCGUCGAGUGGCAGCGCCUGUUCCCCGUGGCGCCCCCGUUGCCCAACUUUCUCGGCGAGCUGAGUCAGAGCCCACGCCCGUACAAGCACUUUUGCCCCAGCAAGGCGCAUCGCCCCUCGUACCUGCACAUGCUCGCCUGGCUGAUGCGGCGUGGGUGGGUGACACAGCUCUGCACAUAUGCCUACGUCGUCGUAUGGCCGGAAAUCAUCUACGAGGUUGACUACGAAAUGGAGGCCGAGGAUCUGGCGGCUGCCUCCACCUCGUCGCUGGAGCAGGCGAAGCCCCCGACCAUUGUGGAGGAACACGAGCAUCCCUUGUCCCCGACAUCCACCAUUGAUACUGCACAGCAGCAGCAGCAGCAGCAGCAGCCUUCAUCGCCACCCGCAAAUCCGUCAUCAACUGAACACGUCGCCGAGCGAGCUCGUCUCGAGCGCAUCGCCACCAAGGCGCACCACCGUGCUACGGAGCGAGCCAUCACCCACGCCCGCAAGACGCCGCCUCAACCCACGCCGCAUCCAUCGCUAAACGACGCACCUCAUCUUAAAGGCCUGACGCCACACAUAAUUCUAGAUGCAAAGAAGGCAACGGGCAAGGAGGCUCGGUACUUGUCUGCCAUUGGAAAAAGAUUCACCGACGAUCGGGGCAAGCAGGCGUGGCAGCUCUUCUGCAAGUACUUUGACGGUCGCUGCGCCUUGGAGAGAGUGGCACUGCAGGAGGACAUGAAGCGGAAGGAGGUGUGGAAUCUUUUGACGCAUAUGACGGAGUAUGUGUUAUGCACAAGACACUGGUAAAGAUAGGAGUGGAAUAAGAUUCAUGUGUCAACAGAGCGCGAGAGCGCCCAGUACCAAAUUAAAUCAGAUGAUACGAGUGAGCCCAGUUGCAACGUAAAUCCGCGUCUGAUGCCAGCAGACCCGGCGAGCCAUGACGUUCGUUGUUGAAAGAAAAGAAACAGAAAUCAGACCCCGUACCACGGUACAAUCACCGCCAUCGGGCAAGCAGGGACGUUGAUGUCUUGCUCCCGAAGACCAAACUUGCGAGGUAUUCCCAGUAGUCUCCCACCGAAAUAAAGCCAAACAACCAAACAGCCAAACAUGCAAGCAAACAAGUCAAGGAAAAUGAGGUCUCUCCC